AUGCCGCAGCCGUCAUCAGAUGUCAAAAUACCGGUGUUCAACAACUUCGUGGAGGCGCGUGCGGCCCAAGAGCGCGGGGACGCGGCGAGGAGCAACGCCGGACUCCUGUUCCAGGACGGCCGGAGGAAGGUGGACUACGUGCUCGUGUACCGGCUGCCCGAGCGCAGGGACCGGGCGGAGAGCCGGGCGGCGGCCGCGAAGGGACUGGAGCUCAUCGCCAGCGCACAGCCGCGGCCCGUCGUCCGAGCGGAGGACCCGGGCCCGGGGCCGGAGGAGGAGCCGGAGGAGCCGGAGGACCCGGCCGAACGGGAGAAGAAAGUUCUUCGGCAGGAGUUCGAGACGAACCUGCUCAAGGCUGGACUCCAAGUGGAGCGAGAGACACAGAACAAGGCUCACGGACUGGCCUUCGUACGGCUGCACGCGCCCUGGGCGGUUCUGAGCAGAGAAGCGGAGUUUCUGAGGAUCAAAGUUCCUACCAAGAAGAGCUACAAGCUCAAGAAGGAGACGGGAGUUUCCCACAGGCUGCUCCUGCUCUGGCGGCACCUCAACCGUCCCUUUCAGCCGAGGGUGCCGGACCCGCAGGGUCACGGCGACUCCAAGUUCUUGUCCCACGUCUUCUCCCGGGACAAACUGCACCUAUUUGACAUCAAGCAGAAGGACUCGUUCUUUGACAAUGCAACACGUAGCCAUAUAGUCUACGAGAUAGUAAGGCGCACAUCGUGCACCCAGAGCUGCCAAACCAUGGGAAUCACCACAUUAAUUGCCAAAGGUGUUUAUGAUUCUGCUUUUCCGCUGCAUGAUGGCGCCUUGGAGUCUGCUGGGGAGGCGAAGAAGAAUGACAGGCAGGUCCUGCAUGAUGAAUGGGCCAGAUAUGGGGUGUUUUACAAGUACCAGCCUAUAGAUCUCAUCAGGAAGUACUUUGGGGAAAAAAUUGGACUCUAUUUCGCCUGGCUGGGGCUCUAUACCCAGCUGCUCAUCCCAGCCUCUGUGGUGGGUACCAUAGUAUUCCUGUAUGGCUGUGCCACCCUGGACUCCAAUGUGCCCAGCCUGGAGAUGUGCAGUGAAGGAAAGAACUUCACCAUGUGCCCGUUGUGUGACAGGGUGUGUGACUACUGGUACCUGAGUUCUGCGUGCAGCACAGCCCGCGCCAGUCAUCUCUUUGACAAUCCCGCCACUGUCUUAUUUGCCAUCUUCAUGUCCCUUUGGGCUGCUAUGUUCCUGGAGCUCUGGAAGCGGAGACAAAUGUGCCUGUCCUACAGGUGGGACUUGGCUGGCUUGGAGGAGGAGGAGGAACAUCCCAGACCAGCGUAUGAAAGCAUUCUCCUUCAGAAGAAGCUGAAGAAGAGGAGGAGGAAGAGAAAUAGACAUGAGUCUGAGAGAAAAGUGGAGGAUAGCACAGACGGGGGCCACUGGAGACAACGUGUUCUGACCGCCAUGGGUGGAGCUGUUGAGGCAGGACCAGAGAAGCUGACAUGGACAGACUGGAUGCCUGGGUACAUUAUCAACUUCUCUUCGGUCUUACUUAUGUUUGGGCUGACAUUUUCCGCUGUAUUUGGUGUCAUAAUCUACCGGAUCACCACUUCAGCCUUAAUGUCCAUGAGCCCAUAUCCUGAAACCAGGUCCAACGUUCGUGUCGUUGUCACAUCGACGGCUGUCAUCAUCAACCUGGUUGUCAUUCUUAUCCUGGAUGAGCUCUAUGGCACAGCGGCCAUCUGGCUCACAGAGCUCGAGAUUCCAAAAACGGAGGGAGAGUUUGAAGAGCGAAUGAUUCUAAAGGCCUUUCUUCUGAAGUUCAUGAAUGCUUAUGCUCCCAUCUUCUAUGUGGCCUUCUUCAAGGGGAGGUUUGCUGGCCGACCGGGGGACUAUGUCUAUGUUUUCCAUGACUUCCGCAUUGAAGAGUGUGCACCUGGGGGCUGUCUCAUAGAGCUUUGCAUCCAGUUAAGUAUCAUCAUGCUGGGAAAGCAGCUCAUUCAGAACAACAUCUUUGAGAUUGGCAUUCCGAAGCUGAAAAAGCUGUACAGGACCCUGAAGGGGGACUCGCCUGCACCGAAGGAGACAGAUGAGCGACCGAGCAGAACGGCCCAGCAGUGGGAGCUGGACUACAAUCUGGAGCCUUUUAACAGUUUGACCCCUGAAUACAUGGAGAUGAUCAUCCAGUUUGGCUUCGUCUCGCUUUUUGUGGCCUCCUUCCCCCUCGCUCCACUUUUUGCGUUGCUCAACAACGUUAUUGAAAUCCGCCUGGACGCCAAGAAGUUUGUCACUGAGCUGCGCCGCCCAGACGCCAUGCGGGCCAAAGAUAUCGGAAUCUGGUACAACAUUAUCAGUGGAAUGGGAAAGUUCUCUGUCAUUAUCAAUGCCUUUGUCAUCGCCUUCACGUCAGACUUUAUUCCUCGACUUGCCUAUCAGUACAUGUACAGUAAUACAGGAACCCUGCAUGGCUUCAUUGAGCACACGCUGUCUUACUUCAACGUGAGUGACUUCACACCUGGCACAGCACCCAGCGCCUCCCACUUCAGCAUCGCCAUGUGCAGGUACAAGGACUACAGGGAGCCACCUUGGUCUCCAGAAGCAUAUCAGCUGUCCAAGCAGUACUGGGCUAUCCUGGCUGUCCGACUCGGCUUUGUCAUCAUAUUCCAGAACCUGGUGAUGUUCCUUAGUGUUCUCGUGGACUGGCUUAUCCUGGAUGUGCCCAGGGAUAUCAGUGAGCAGCUAAAGAAGGAGAAGUCCCUGCUUGUGGACGUCUUUCUGCAGGAGGAGAAGGACAAGUUGCAGCUCAUCCACAGCCUUUUCGUGAGAAGUGCGAGAGACGGGGACCCGGAUCAGUCUGCACAAGCCGCGAGGCAACCCUGCCAGACGGGGAGGUCUCUGAACCAUUGCCGCGCAGCCAGCUUCGGCCAGUUCGGCCGACGGCCGUCCCAGAGCUGAUCGCGUGAAGCACAUCGAUGCGGCACGGCGGAGGACGUGAUAUAGGUGCUCGUUCGCGUUUGGCCGCUGAG